GGUGAGAAGAAGUCGGCGUGCUGGUCGCGAUGUACUUCAUGGUGCGCAGCCUGAUCCCAGCACGGAGAGCCCUGCAGCCGCUACCGUGUCUGCGCUACAGCUCUGUUCCUAAUAUCCAAGAGAGGACUCUGAUUGCUGUGAAGCCAGAUGGAGUACAGCGGAGACUCGUUGGCGAGAUCGUGAAGCGCUUUGAACAGCGCGGGUUCAAACUAGUGGGCAUGAAAAUGUUGCAGGCCCCAGAAGGGAUUCUAGCUGAACAUUACCAUGACCUGAGGAGGAAACCUUUCUAUCCAUCUCUUAUACGCUAUAUGGCAUCUGGACCUGUGGUAGCCAUGGUCUGGGAAGGGUGUAAUGUUGUGCGCACGUCUCGUUUUAUGGUGGGCGAAACGGAUGCUUCUCUAGCUAAGCCGGGCACUGUGCGUGGAGACUUCAGCGUCCAUAUCAGCAGGAACAUCAUCCACGCCAGCGACUCCAUAGAGGUAGCCGAACGGGAAAUCAGCUUGUGGUUUCACAAUACGGAGCUGAUCGACUGGCAGACGUCCGAUCACAAUGACUUGUAUCAAGUUUGAUGCUGCUACAUGGCCCCCCUAGACGCACAAAGACUCUUACAUCCUUUCUGAGGAGCCAUUAAAUAGCUGGUGACUGGCAUCAUACCUUCUAAGAGUGGUGCUCAUUAGUUUACA